AUGAUCAGUUUCAGAGAAGAGAACAUCGAUCUCAACUUGAUUAAAACAAUUAGUGUAAUCUGUAAUGAUCCAGACGCCACCGAUUCCUCUAGCGACGAUGAAUCUAUCUCCGGCAAUAAUCCUCGCCGUCAGAUCAAACCAAAACCACCGAAACGUUACGUCUCAAAGAUCUGUGUCCCGACGCUGAUCAAAAGGUAUGAGAACGUUUCGAAUUCUACAGGGAAUAAAGCAGCCGGAAACCGGAAAACGUCGUCGGGUUUCAAAGGCGUACGACGGAGGCCGUGGGGGAAAUUUGCGGCGGAGAUAAGAAAUCCGUUUGAGAAGAAGAGAAAGUGGCUUGGAACGUUUCCUACUGAAGAAGAAGCAGCAGAAGCUUACCAAAAGAGUAAAAGAGAGUUUGAUGAACGAUUGGGUUUAGUUAAACAGGAAAAAGACCUAGUAGAUUUGACCAAGCCGUGCGGUGUACGUAAACCAGAAGAGAAGGAAGUUACUGAGAAGUCGAAUUGCAAAAAGGUAAAUAAGAGAAUUGUUACUGAUCAGAAGCCAUUUGGUUGUGGUUAUAACGCUGAUCAUGAAGAAGAGGGAGUGAUUAGUAAAAUGUUGGAAGAUCCGUUGAUGACAUCGUCAAUUGCUGAUAUUUUUGGUGAUUCGGCUGUUGAAGCAAAUGAUAUUUGGGUGGAUUACAAUUCAGUGGAAUUUAUUUCCAUUGUAGAUGAUUUCAAGUUUGAUUUUGUGGAGAAUGAUAGAGUAGGAAAGGAGAAAACAUUUGGAUUUAAGAUUGGGGAUCACACUAAAGUUAAUCAACAUGCCAAAAUCGUAUCGACCAAUGGGGACUUAUUCGUCGAUGAUUUACUUGAUUUUGAUCCGUUGAUAGAUGAUUUUAAGUUAGAAGAUUUUCCUAUGGAUGAUCUUGGAUUAUUAGGAGAUCCAGAGGAUGAUGAUUUUAGUUGGUUUAAUGGUACUACUGAUUGGAUCGAUAAGUUUUUAUGA